AUGCUUUUGCUCACUCUGAUCGUUUUUUUCUUGACCACUGUAUACAGCACAAGCCGUAUUUCAGCGCCUGAUUUUCAAGCUGUUAACUUUGCUAAGGCAAAAGAGAUGCAAAAAUUGAACGGAAGCGUUAUAAAGCAAGUUGAUGUGAUGUCAGAAAAUGAGUGUAGUCUUCAAUGCAUCUCUGAUGAACGAUGCCUCUCAUACAACUUUGGGAACAAAAGGAACAAAUCAGGGACAUUCGUGUGUGAGCUGAGUGACUCCGACAGAUUUCUUGGCUUUGGUAAUUUUACAGAAGAUGUCAAUUUUACGUAUAGAGGAAUGCAGGUAACAAUCGCUGCAAUGGCAGAUGCUGCGCUGAGUUUAAUCUAUUAUUAUUAUCAUUAUUAUUAUUAUUAUUAUUAUUAUUAUUAUUAUUAUUAUUAUUAUUAUUCAAUCGUGCUAGUUUCUCUAAAUCACGAAAAUCCCGCUUGGAAAAGAAACAAAACCUUAUUCGUAUGCUAUGUCAACAUUAUUUUCCACUUUCUUAUUUCUAAAAAGAUCGCGCCUAAGAAAGAAAAAAGAAUUAAAGGUAAAAAAAAAUUCUGAAAAGCCCUUAUUUUUUCUGCAGUGAUUUUAUCGAGUGAGCACCAUAAAGGCCUUUUGAGGAAAAGAUUAGAAAACUGUUUUGAUAUUAUACUCCAGAAUUUGUUUUAUUAGUAGUAAGGUGUGACUAACAUGGCAAUCAUUCCGCUGUUUGAUUAAGAUAGUUUCCUUAGAUUUGGGGAAUUCACGCUAGACGGAUAAAUUAAGAUUGAUUACCUUCAUGUUUUCACAUGGAGACCGGAAUGUCAGUCAUAAUAUUUUGGAAAAGGACGAUAAACACCUUUUGAAUAGAAGCUUUUUUUUCUCUUCAGAAUGAAGAAAAGACCAUCUUUUAGUUGCCUCGAUCACCUAAAUAGUUCUCCAAGAUCGAACCCACAAUAAAGAGCAAAUACAUACCAAAAUUACAUUCUUUUAUUAACAUAGUAGCACUUACGUUUUUCUACUAUUAAGACUCAACAAAGCGUUGCAUAGCCUGAAUUUCAUCCGAUUACUUCGAGUCGUUAUUACUCCCUCAGUAACGUCUGAAUCGACCGGCCGUUAAUGCCGUCCAGUGACGUCACUACUCCUUGACCUUUGCUUUAAUUCAUGCAAAAAGCAAAACACGAUUUUCAAGUGGCAAACCGAGAAAUAUCGUUUGGAAAUGUCUGCAAGAUACAGAACUGCUUUAUUUUUUUCGAUUGUAGUUCAUGUUUAACGUUCAAACAAUCAACUGCAUGCGGUACAACUCUGAACCAGUUGUACUAAAUUCUAUAAUCAAACUCGGUCGCAAUCACGCAAUGAAAUAAAACAUGAUAAAAACACACACGGAACACUUAGUUCAAAAACAAAAUGAUUUGCUUUAAUUGAAAAGAAGCUAUUUGGUCCUUAACGAAGAAAAAAACAAGGAGAAAAGAAAGAAAAGCUAACAGAAUCAUCACACUUGACGGUGAAAUAGCAAGAAGGUCGAAUUAAAAUUCAGAAAACUUCGCGUAAACAAAAUCACCGGCCGCCGAAACCACAAAGCGGCUCUGAAUGAAAACUCACCUACCGACUCUCCGCGAUGAUUCUUCAUUCGCAGUUCAAUUUAACAUUUCAGUUCCGAAGACAAGGGCAAUUUUGCUGUUUAAGAUAAAGAUUAAGCUCAUAGAAAUGUUUGAACUAACCGAAAGAAUGCCAGGGAUGCGAUCCGCUGAAUAUCAAACGACAAUCCCGCUAAAAUUUUUCAUAAUUAUACAUAAUUAUGCGAAUGUUUAGACAUUCAACCAAUCAAAAUCACUACCCGGUUUUCGGGUAGUGAGUGACGUCACUGGACGGCAUUAACGGCUGGUCGAUUCAGACGUUGUUGAGAGGAGAAAACGACUCGAAGCAAUCGGAUGAAUUUCAGGCUAAGCGUUGUAUGCUUUUCGGACAAAUUAGCAUGAGAAGGCGAUACAUGUCGAGAGUCCUAUGAAAUAAAUGAAAGCAAUUCAUACAACCACCUGCUAAUCUCUCCCGAAUGUUAAGAUAUAAAAUUAAUUUAGGUCAACGGUUCCCUCUGUAGGUACCGAGGCACAGAUUACGUACAACAAAAGAAAUACCGUAUUUCCUCGAAUAAUAGCCGGGGGCGAUUAUUCGAGGGUGGCGAUUAUUUCAACUACAUGUAUUGCUCACUGGAAGUCGUGCACUAAAUAUUCAAAUAAACUAAACAUUGGCUUUUUAAGUGUUCCAGUUUGUUUCCUUGGGUUCAAUUUCAAUAUCCUCGGUGUCAGAGAUUGAGUCGUCACUGAUUAGUUUUGUAACUAUUCAGUUGUAAACAAUCAGUAAAUGAAAACUUGUUCAUUACUCUAGGUGUCAAUCUUACCUUGACGGGGAGGGAAUAACAAAAAGAGAAGACAGUGAAAAGGGUGGUUUUGGGGGGGGGAGAGGCGAUUACUCGACGGAGGCGAUUAAUCGAGGGACGGCUAUUAUUCGAGGAAUACAGUGAUACAACCAAAAAAUAAAGCCCUCAGGAGAACUCUAUUGUUUGGUUCCUUUGUUUCUUUUGUGAUGACGGUACCUACAGAAAGACACAGGCAAACCUAAAAGCAGAGCUCCCAAAGAAAAACGCGCAAGGUAAUUUUAAAAUCAAUUUCUGAACCCGAACUGGAAGAGAUAGAGCCACACAUUCUAUGAAAAAAAAAUUAUUACAAACCAAUUAAAAACGCUCGUUAACGCUUCUUUUCAGCAGAAAAUCAUACUGUGAAACAGUGCAUCCCGAUAUACUUAAACACAUUUUAACAUUCAUAGCAGAUGACCUGUAAGUUUAGAAAACCAGCUUUUCUCUUAAUCUAGCAUAACUUUACCACUAAUUUUAAAACAUAGUUUUUCAUUUAUAAGUGCCUGACAUAGCCUAAUUUGAUUGAGAAUAAUGCGGCCAGAAUAUUACUCACAUUCGGCAGUCGAAGAGAUGUUGUACCUGGAGGAAAAGUAGUAAGAUUUAAAGCACCUUUUUUGUUUUCAUUUAUUUAUCUAGUUAUUUUUGUUAUCCUCUAAAAAGGCAAUUUGCAGUUUAAGACUAAGCGCUUUUGAAAGAGUCCAUGCAAUAUAAUAGGAAGAAUAGUCUUGCCGUUUUCAGGGUACGCAACUACUCUUCUAAAGUACAGCCGAUGUUCCUAUGAAGGCCCGAAGUAAUAUUUUUCCAUUGUUGAAAGCACUCUCUAAAACAUACAGUAAAAAUGUUAAAAUGUCCAUCCACUAAAAAGUUAAAGUGUUUUUGAAUUCUCGUCAAUUUGUUACUAAUUGAACUUAAGCGGGAUUUACUGUGAAAUAAGGCCUUCAUAUAUCAUUAUGGGGUGUUCCCCUUCUUACUCUUUAUUUGCCUUUUUUUGCCUACAUUAACUGAGCUUAGAGAACCUUAUUCUCAAAAAAGAGUAUCUGUGAGUCCAGCAACCAUCUUUCAUGUGGAAACAAAGGAAUUUGCAUCCCAGACUACUUCAGGAGCAGCUUUGAAUGCAAGUGUCACGCUGGAUAUGUAGGGAUACCUUGCAGUAAGUAAUUCAAAAAGGACAGAUGGCAAAUUGUUGCUGCUAAAAAUAUCUACAAGUCGUAGCCGUCCAUCAGUAAGAUGCCCAAAUUUUUUUAAUUCCACAGUUAGUUUCGGCUCCAAAAAACCUACACCAAUAGUAGAUCAGUGAGGAGCCACCCACAAUGGUUUAGCAUGGUUAGGUUGAAAAUGCAUAUAUACGAGUUAUGAAACCAAACCGAAGUAAAUGCAAUGCGUUAAAAACGAUCUAAAUGCACACAUGAAAUAAAGAAAAAAAUAAAGCAGUUGCAGGCAGUUGCACACAUUAAAAUUGCGCGCGCACACACAACUUACACCGACUGAAAGAAUCCUGAAAUAAUUAAAGUAACAAAGGAAAUGGUGUCAGUACUCAACCAUUGGAUGAAAGUCUCAUCUCCCACAGUGUGAUAGCGCUAUCUAUAUCCAUAGCGCUUGAAUAAUUUAUUAAAGGAUUUGACGAAUAGAGUGGACGUCAAGAUCUUUGUUGAUUAAGACGGGAUAAAAUUCGGCGAAGUCUGAAAAAAAUAUAUAUAUUCAAAACAUCAUAGGCGAGUUUGGCAGAGCAAAAAAGUCUCUUAGACUUUUAAAAAUUCCUUCUUAGUCGCGUGCUUUGCUUUGUCAAGCAUACGUUGCUCGCUUUUGGGUUACUGACAAACUUCCCUCUUAAGGUGUUUCAAUACAAUUUUUCGGGAACCUGAUGCCGAUAUUUUUCAAUUGCAUUAAAAGUGAUUUUAUCCUUGUCCGAUCGCUAUAGUAUUUCACCACUAACUGAUUGAUUGAAGGUGUCAAAAUGCAAUAUUAAGCAAAAUCGAUAUCACUAAGAUAACAAUAAACAAAAAACUUUGAAAUCGAUAAGAGCCGAAUUUUACGCGAUCUACACCUGCUACUAAAAAUCUGACACCUGGAACUUAAAGUUUGUUGUUUAGCAAAUGACCUUUCUUCAGAAGAUCCUUGUUCGCUUCCUGAAAAAGUCUUCAACGAUCGAAAGUAUUAAAGUUACGGAGAUUAAAUUCCUCUGAUCUUUGUAGGAUUAACUGGUCUCCAGGUAUGACUGGCUGACUCUUUCUAUAUACUUUCAGAGGAAAUGAAAAGCUGCUUUGAACUUUCUAUGAAUGGAUUCACAUCAAAUGGCGUCUAUUACAUCAUCCCAGAUGGUGGAAAGCCAAUACAAGUGCUAUGUCACAUGACUACAGAAGGUGGAGGCUGGACCGUUUUUCAGAGACGUUUAGACGGCUCGGUGGAUUUUCAGCUCGACUGGGAAUUCUACAAAAAUGGGUUUGGGGAUCUUAGUGGUGAGUUCUGGCUUGGAAACAGCAAUCUUCAUCGACUGACAGCCAAAACUGAUGUUUUACUUAGAAUUGACCUGGAGGACUUUGAUGGUAACAUUCCGUACGCUGAAUAUUCCACUUUCAAGGUCGCCGACGAGGGAGAUAAAUGCCGCAUUUUGCUUGGAGGAUACAACGGCACAGCUGGUGACUCGAUGGCAGGUACCUCUUUACAGUCCCGAACUGCAAAGUAAGUAUGAUUGCAACUGAUGUUUAAAGCCUGGAGUGAUUCAACACUCCUCGUCCUCCUCGUCCUCCUCCUCCUCCUCCUCCUCCUCCUCCUCCUUCUUCUUCUUCUUCUUCUUCUUCUUCUUCUUCUUAUUAUUAUUAUUAUUAUUAUUAUUAUUAGAUUUCUUAAAAUACAGCUUGAAUUAUAUAAUUUUCGCAAGGGUAAAAGCCCGGGGGGUACUCUAGGAAUUUCUGGGUGGGGAUGUGCCGCUGCGACCCUGGAACCCUUAACCUAUACCAGAGCUAGUUCAGCUAAAUUUUGCUACCCUAUACUAGAGUAAACUCCCCAAAUCCCCCCUACCCUAAAGUAGCUGUUUCCCUAGUCUAGAUAAAAUCUUCAACCAACUGAUCAGUUUCCUGAAAAAUGAUACCCUAUUCUAGACCCAAACUCUCUGAUUUAUAUACCCUAUCCUAGAGUAAACUGCUUAAAAACCAUAACCUUCACAGCGGCACAUACCUAUAUAGCCCAUAUAUGGCAGUACCCCCCCCGGAGGGUUUAGCUUGUUUCUUUUCCUCUCUCAUUCAGUGAAGUUGAAAAGAAAAACACAUAGUUACACUUUUAUACACUUCAGAGGUUCAACCAAUUUCAGACCUUAUCGGGCAAAUUCUAUACCCAUUUUCAGACCAUAACAUCAAAAACAUCUCAAAACAUAUAAUCUUUGCGCCGCACCGUAAAUUAUACAGCGAAGUUUUCCCUGGGGGAUGCGCUAUUUUCUCCCGGGCGAGAGAUGAGCAGGAUCAAGACCUUUUCUUUUAUUUCUCGACAGUAACAUGCAAUUUUCAACUAAAGAGAGAGAUAAUGAUUUAUCUAGGAUCAACUGCGCGGUGAGACACAAAGGAGGUUGGUGGCAUAACAAUUGCUGUUGGGCAAAUCUUAACGGCCUAUAUUACGGUGGAGAAUAUAGUAGCAAAUACGGCGAUGGAGUAAAAUGGGUGACUUUAAGAGGACAAUUUUACUCAUUCAAACGUACUGAAAUGAAGGUAAAAGCCAAAGUGUAA